AUGGAGCGACUCGGUCGCGUCUGGAGCCGAUUCUCUAUUCGAAGACCCCAGAAUUCGCAAGUCGAGUUUGACGAUGAUGACGAUCUCACUCCAGACAAGACCCAACAGGUCUUCAAAAUUUUCAAUGAGCCGGUGGCCAGGAGGAAGAGCGAUGUGUCCUCAAAUCGGACACAGAAACCGCCAGGCCCGCGGCCGUUCGAAAUGGGACUACAUCAGCCACGAGAGCACCGACUCUCAGAAUCAUCGGUCGAUGUUCCGAGAAACGCGCUCAGAAGGAAUUCUACUGAUGUUCACGUAUUUCACAGAAAGUUAUUAUCCGGUAAAGAUUGCAAUGCAACAACCAGCUCAAGUGACGACGAGAAAGUAAAUCCGCGCCGCAACAGUUUAUUCGUAAAACGAGGAUCUAUCACAAUGGACCCUAUUAAAAAAGUUGAUCUUGAAAAUACCUAUACCAUCUUUAAGCAGUUGGGAACGGGCAGAUUUGGAUUCGUGAAGCUCGCCGAGCACAAGAAAUCGAAUCAGAAAAUUGCUAUUAAAUUCUUCCCACGUCCGCAGACCAAGCAGGCAGAUUUCGUGCGCGAGUACAAUUAUUCAUUCUUCCUGUCUCCGCAUCCGCACAUCAUUGACACAUACGAGGGAAUGUUCCAAUCAUCUGAUGAUUCGGCAUUCUUCUUCGUUCAGGAAUUCUGCCCGAAAGCGUCUCUACGCGAGGCUGUUGAGGCCACCAAUCAGACAGGAAUCGGAGAAGCGAACACUCGUAAAGUGCUCACCGCGGUGAUGUCGGCCAUCGAGUUCAUGCACGAUGAGAAUCUCGUGCAUCGCAAUCUGAAAGCCGAAAAUAUUCUCAUUUUUGAAGCCAAUGAUUUCUCGAAGGUGAAAGUCACAGAUUUCGGUUUGACGCGUAAAGUUGACGCGACCGUCAAGUACUUGGAGUAUGUGAACAAUUAUCAUGCUGCUGAGCUCUGCGAUACCGUCGUCAACGAGGUCUUGACGGUCAACAGAAGCACCGAUAUUUGGGCCAUAGGUAUUAUCUUCUUCUAUUGUAUGAAGGGACGAUUCCCAUGGCAGAAGGCUUCCAUUAUGUGCAAACCAUAUUGGGAAUGGGAACAAUGGUUGAAGAGGAAGAACCCGACGCUUCCCAAGAAAUUUUUACCCUUCAGCGAGAAAGCUUUAAAGCUUUUCAAAAAGACUCUUACCCCUCGUGUAAAAGACCGCUGGUCCGCAAAGGAUUUACGCAAAUGCAUUGUCAAGGAGAAGUUCUUAAAAUCAGUAAAGAAACCCGAUGAGGACUACUACGUGAUGAUUGAAACUAUGUCUCGUCCAGCUGUCCAGCCAGAGCCACCAGCAGAAGAGGGUGGCACCACCAAACGCAAGUCCACUUUGCAGCAGUGGAUCAACACAACACUUACCGCCAUGGCUGAAAUCAGUGAGCAGGUGGUUUCAGCGCGGGACGAUUAA